GAUACUGCGAUGGUGUUGCCUACUUAGCGUUGCGCAAUUUAUUUGAUAGAAAAAGAGAGUUUGAACACAUGCUCGCGACGGCAUGAUGAUAUUGGACUGAAUGCAUUUACCAGAUGAACCAGGUUGAUGGUCUCUGGGGGCAAACAUCAACCCAACAGUCUAAUAGGCAAGACUUCGAGAAAAAAAUUUCGGCCUUGGUUAUAAAAAAUUGAUUUAGGAGGUCCGAUAUCGUGGCACGGAAACAAAAACCGCCGGCCAUACAGAUUCACACCAAGUCUUUUCAUCUUCUUCUCAUGCAGACCGUACACUGACUCUCUUUCUUGCUACCUACCGAUCUCGAGUAAUUUAUACCAGCAAUAACUCAGCCUGUCGACGGGCAAUUCAGCAUGGGCCAUUCAGUUCCCCUUUUACUCGAGUCUUUCCCAGUACCACCUUCUUUCCUCCCACCUUCUACACCUAGGACACCAAGCAGCCUUUCUUUCAAUCAUGCUAAUAUCGGCGAGCCCAUAAAUGAGCCUUCUAGUUCAAUUUCUAGUACAUCUUCUAUUCCGCCAUCGUCUUCGGUGUCAUCAAUAUCCUCUACGAGCAGCAAUCCUCCACCAUCUCUUCCACCAAGAGGGCCUUUACCACCCGUGCCCGGUCGCUCCAGAAUCUCUGACCAUGAAGCUGCUCAUCUUCUCCAGUCCAGGCGUAGCUCAAAGUAUUCUAUAAAUUCCUCACAUUCCGGAAAUGGAGGUUACGACAGACCUGACUCUGUGGCAAGCUUUGCGAGUGCUCGGAGUAACGGCGCAAGUUAUGCUUAUGGCCAUGGAUACAGAGAUUUGGAAACCAGGGAGGGUAGACGCGUUUCCAAAGGCUCUGGCAGAGUAAAACCGCCAGAGGUCCAGGUCACCACUGAAGAUGCAGAGGACACGAAUCAGGCUUAUGGUGGUCUGCGCAUUGAUGAGGAAGAUGAUUCCGAUGUACAGCUCACCUCAUUGCGUCUCUCCAUAUCUCCCAUGCCUCCCUCACCCACCGACACCGACAAUGAAUUAGAAAUUCCAUCCUCAUUGUCCACUCAGUUUCCUACACCACCUCCGCUGUCGCCGUUCGCCUUACAACAAGCGAAUGCCAUGCAGAAGAGAAUCCCUUCCUCAGCGGCAUCGACGCCCAUAAAAUGGUCCGCUCCGCCUUCUCCCCUCUAUCAACCAAGCCCUGUCCCGCCGCCUGUCAGAUCAGCUAGUCCGAAUGAAUCGCUUGCCGAGAUCUCCAUGCACGAUCUACCCUCAGGGGACGACGGCGCUGAGAGUGAAUGGGACGUGCCCACUACUAAGCCUCCAGUCGUUCAGGCCUUCCAGACACGCCGUGUUUCUGGAGGAGGCGUGCCUCCUCCGUAUUCGUUUACCACAUCUGUUCCUUCACGAUCCGAUUCACGUUCUAGCUUGAGGAGAAUGGCUAGAAUCUCGAUGGAUAACCUUGAUAACGUAAGCUUGAAAGCUUCGAUUAUCUCCCCGUCAGUUUCAAUCAGCCCUUCAAAAUCGAUUGGUUCCACCUAUACCCAACCUGAUCCUUCUCCGUCAAUGCCUUCUCCACCAGCUACUUUUCCUACUCCACCAACAACCUAUCCAACUCCACCCUCGUCGUCAGCUACAUACAGUCCUGAUGUAGAAAUUGACCUUCAUAGGUCACUUCACCGCGAGCUUCGAUCUGCUCGCAGUAGAAGCCGGAGCCAUCGGGAACGGCUCAUCUCAGGCAUCGCUUCGCCAUCAUCGCCCCCUGCAGACGUUGCUUGGCCUCCAAUGCCGCCUGUGCCGUAUGCCGCGGAAUUCUCCAACAGACCUCGAAGGAAAGCAUCUCAGGCAUCUACGGUGUCGGUGGCUGACAAUCCGAGUACUGCUGACAGUGACGACGGAAGAGCUUCUCCAGACGUUCAAAGGUUGCUGGAAAAGACACCUCGACCGAGGCGGAGUCUGAGUAUGAAAAGGAGGACACGUAGUUCGAUCGGGACUAGUAGUACCAAGGGAAGCAUCGGGCGACGAAAGAGUGGUGGUGUCGGUUCGGACGAUGGGUACGAUGAAUUUGGUGGACCGAGUCUAUUAAGCAGAGGUCGGAAAGAGUCCCGUAGACGACUUGGUCACAACGAGGACGUAGAAGCCAAGUUGCAGAAACUUGAGCGAGAAUUAGAUGGAAGAGGCUCUGAAUCUGAAGGUGAAAAUGUUCCUCGACGACAUUCUUACGGAGAUGGAUUUGGGUUUGGCACGUAUAAAGACGGCGUCGAAAGUGACGGUGAUGGGUUGGAUAGCGAUGCAAGUGAUUCGAGUUUGGAUUUACAUACCCCGUUACCGAAUUUGAUGCUACGGCAUGGGUUGUUAUCAGCCAACUCCAAACUCCUUCCCGCGUCAGCCUCUGUCGAUUCUCUUGCUUCGGUGGGUGCGGAUGGAGGGGCAAGGCCAGGAAGUAUGAUGAGUAUGACCUCGAAUACCUCAAUUCAGACCAAGUCUGGACUGUUCAAAGAUACGCGGGACACCUCUUCCAGAAGAUUAAGGCAUAAGGAUGGGCGGUUACUGCGAGGAGGUAUUGGACUGACCACGGGUUUGGGCUGGAGCGAUAGCGAAGACGAGGGUGCUCCUUCCGCACUAACCCGAAGGCUGUCGUCGCUCAAUCUUUCACGAAAUUCGUCUUCGGCCUCACUCGUAAGUUCAAGAAUGCGGUCAAAGUCCUACGGUAACCUUCGUGCGUCGGCAUCCAUGCCCUCGGUUUCUCGUCCCUCCCCCACUACUGGAUCUUCAACAUUCUCGCACAGUUCCCGAUCCAACUACAACCCAUUAUCUCGAAGCUUUUCGAGCCGCACAUUGGAUAUCCAUUUGGAUGAAGUAGAUGAAAUUAGCGAAUUCGGGGAGAUGAACGUGGGUCAUGGGAAAGGGUCAAAUGUUCCUCCGACGUUGCGUUCCACAAAGAAGUCUUUCAUCAACGGUGAAACCAGAAGCAUUAGAAGUAGUUCGUCUACACUCAGCAUGAAGACUUCAAUCUCUCAUUUGACCUCUGGUGAGAGAACGCCCAAAACAUCCGGCGCAGGGAACAGAUUCGCCCGUCCUGGCUCCGAAGCAUCUACUCGCUCCUCCGCUUCUGACGUCGCAGGCUCCACGUCGCGUUAUGGCGUAGACGAACUUGCCAUCCUCACACCUUCUUCAACUGCUUCUUCCCUUUCUAUCCCCCUCACGCCUAGAGAUGAUGAUGAUAUAUUGGAAGACACGCAAGCCUCGUCACUCACUGGUCGUUCUCACCCAAACAUAGACAAAAUGCUUCCCUCUCUACCCAAUCCGAAAACUGGAAGUAUUCGCAGACCUUCUGCUCCGAGCUCAAUCAGGAAAUCGAGCCUCAAAAAACCUUUAGAAAGUUCUUCAUAUUCUACUCAUUCAUUCCCUUCAAUCGCUUCGGACACGAGCAUCAAUUCUACGCCCUCGUCCUCAUUGAAUUCCACAUCCCCUACCGCAAUGACUUCUCCUCGGCCCCUCAAACAACUACAAUUACCCCGCCAACAGUCGGUGAUGAAUGUCAACGGGCAAUUACCCGUUCCUGUUCCGAGCUUGAAUGGAGGGUCAAGUAGACUUCGCAUGCCAUCUACUCCUUCACUUCCAUCACACAGUGCACCUGUGACGCCGACGACGCCUUCAACUCCGACAGACCAUGGGAAGCCCAAAUCUCGCGUCGGGACAGGCAUGACAUAUCGCAAUUCUGCUUCUAGAAAUGUUUCCAGGAUGAGACCACCGUCAGGAAAGUCUCCUGUUGUUGCGCCAAAGUUUUGAACAUUCGUACGGGAGUUGCUGUGAUACCCUCCACUACUAUAAUCUAUAGUAUCUUUCUUGAAUAUUCAAUAAUCGAUCACUUGUUCUGUCCGGUCUAUGCAUGGUUUUUUCGGAUUGUUGAAUUUUGUAAGGAUUUUGUUGUUCAUAUAGACCGUACAUCUUCUAUACCUAAUCUCUUGGAUUCCCUGUUUUCCAUUGUUUCGAUUAUGUCCAUAACACUCGCUUUGUAUCAAAAUUACCUAUCAAUUGCAUUUGUCUCUCCAAACUAAGUAC